GCGCGCGUCUCCACGAGCCGUGCGUCAACGUUCCUGGACAGAUUUCGGACCGUGUGAACUACUGAUGACUGUGACACGAGGAUGACUCUCUCCUCGGCGACCUCCUCCUCUUGGAGAGCGGAGUCUGUGGUCAUCUCUUUGGGCUUCGCGGUCAUCUUCCUGCUCGGCACCGUGGGGAACUCUCUGGUCCUCGCGGUCCUGUUCCGUAACGGACAGAUGAACACCAAGACCACCAACAUGUUCAUCCUCAACCUCGCCAUAGCAGACCUGUGCUUCAUCGUGUUCUGUGUGCCCUUCCAGGCCACCAUCUACACCCUGGAUCAGUGGGUGUUCGGUCCUGUGCUCUGUAAAGUCGUGCACUUCAUCAUUUUCUUCACCAUGUACGCGAGUGUCUUCACCCUGACCGCGGUGUCCCUGGACAGGUAUUUAGUCAUUUGCUACCCGCUCCGCUCCAGAGAGAUGAGAACACCCAAGAACGCCCUGGUCUCCAUCUGCCUGGUCUGGGCCUUGGCCUUGGUUUUCUCAGGACCGUAUCUCAGCUACUACGCCCAGAUGGACCUGGCCGGCACUGUGGUGUGCAUUCCUGCCUGGGAGUCCAAACCACGCGUCAUAAUGGACGUGUGCACCUUCGUCUUUGGCUACCUCAUCCCCGUCCUGGUGCUGGGCCUCACCUACGCUCGCACCAUCCGAUACCUGUGGACCAGCGUGGAUCCCGUGGAGGACAUGUCCGAGUCGAGGCGAGCCAAGCGGAAAGUCACCAAGAUGAUCAUCGUUGUCGCCGCUCUCUUCUGCCUCUGCUGGCUCCCCCACCACCUGGUCAUCCUCUGCAUGUGGUUCGGACGCUUCCCCCUCAACCAAGUCACCUACGUCCUCCGCAUCCUCUCCCACCUGGUGGCGUACACCAACUCCUGUCUCAACCCCAUCGUUUAUGCGCUCGUCUCCAAGCACUUCCGCAAAGGCUUCAGGAAGGUGUUCAGCUGCUCGCUGAGGAGGAGGGAGAUCAACAAGGUGCACGUCAUCCAGGCGGUGAACACAGUCAGCAGUAUGGAGACGUCCAACUGAAGACGCUGAAGGAGAGACGUCCAACUGAACAUUACGAACUAUGAACAUACCCAGAAACUGCUGUCAGCCCUAGAGGGGUCUCCUUUGGUCUGAAUCAGGGACUCAUGUUGUUCCAAAGUUGUAUAAUUGCCUAGAGUUGGUUCGUGUUCUCACGGCAGCAUUUACAAGAGGACCAGAUCAAAUGCCUUGUGUGAGAAAGCUGCUCUUGAUUGGUCAGAAUUUCCAUGUGGGAAAAAUCCAGGAAGUAAAGCAAACGUUGAAGAAGAGUACACUUGCAAGAUAAAUGUGACACUUUCUAAUGUCACAAUGGAGGGACAACUACGCAGGUUGAUUUUAGCGCUGCUCAUCGUGGACUAUAUUGCUGUCAUUGUUCAUUUUAGUCAAACCAUACAGUUUGAAAACGAGGCGCGGCUCCAACUAGAAAACAAUGUUUUGAUGCAUUGGAUGUGCUGAAUGUGCAUAUUAAGGCAGUACAGGAGGAGGUGCACAUUAAUAAUCCUCCAGGACUGUAACAUGCUCAUGUUUAACCCAAACAAUGUGUCA